AUACACGACAAAGCUGGUGAGUUAAGUACAGACUAGUAGUCAUCGAACCGUUUAUAGCUUUACUCGGAACAUUUAACAACGAGCGACUAAAUUUGUUUGAACUUAUCUUUUUUCAUUAGUCACUCCCGUCUAAUUUCAUUUGUAUCACAAUUAACACCCAGUUAUAUAUUUUAAAGUUAAUCUACGGGGUUCCGAGCAAUUAAAAAUAAAUAAUUAAAAGAGAAAAUAAUAUUGUGAAGAACAAUAAAUAAAUUAAUGACAGCAAGCUCUUAAAUCAACCGUGUAGUAAAACCACCCGCAGUAUCUCUCGGGCGUUUUACACCCACAUUCUUCUUUCAUGGCUUUCAGACAUGUCUCUAACUAUAUAACAUCGUCUGCAGUGUUGUCUGUGAUCACGAUUCUAUACGAAGACAUUCAAUAAAUACCCAUCAACACCUACAAUAAUGGAUUAACCAACAUGCAGUUUCCAAUGGCACCACCGGAUUUACUGCGCCGUAUAAAUGAAGAACGAUUGCGUACGACUUAUCAAUCUUCUUUUUGUAAUUCUAAUAAUUACCCAAUGGUAACUGACUACAGCAAUUGGGUGUAUAAUUACAACACCAAAGCGAGAUUAGCUAACAUGCAAAGACAAGAGUCGGAAGAAGUCGAGUGUCGACCACAACCGAAGCCGCCUUAUCUAGGCGGGCAUGAAAUCCCCGGAAGAAAACGCAACGAUUUGAGUCUAUCUGUUCCGGCGAAGAAAUCAAACGGCAGAAAGGUUUCCAGCCGAUUAUCCCGCGCGUCUAGAGAGCAGAAACAGAAAAGUGAUAAGUUAGACAGCUCGCAGAAGCCUAAAGUGGAAAAGAAACUCGAGGGUAGUAAAAAAAAAAAUGAAGAGAUGGAAAUUGCUUCUAGUAAUCUUGAUGAUUCCUUGAAAAAUUCUGGGAAUAAUUUGGAAGAAAAUUCUUACAACAACAACAACAACAACAAAGAAGAUGAUAUUGAAGAAGCUUAUGGCACACGAGGCAAUUUUGAGCAGUCUGAUGAUGAUCAGAAAAAUAAAAAAGAAGGCAAUAGCGAGAGUAGUGACAGUUUUAACAGCGCAGAUAGUUGUGAAAGUAAGACAAGAAAGAGUAAGGAUAAAAAUAAUGAUGAAACUUAUAUGUAUUUAAAUUAUACAAACCGAAGAAGAAAAUACACCGUUGAUUUGAACAAUGAGCACUUUGAUGUUGAUUUUCUUCCUUGGCUCAGCGAAUAUCAAGACACGAUUGGUGAAACUGGAGACGAAAUUCUGAAGACAAAGUUACAUUAUUAUGGAAAAUUGCGACUUUUGCCCGACUAUGUCGCCUAUAAGAAGAAACAGGCAGACAAAAAAAAGGACAAAGAUAAAAAAAAUGUUAAAUAAAAUUUGCGAUACUUAUUCCGGUCUCGAUAAGUCCAGCUAUUUGCAAUCUUAUCUAGCAGCAUGAUAAAAUUUUAUCACUGUUUCAAAUUGAUAUUGCCUUUUGGUUGAUAGCAUUUUAUAAUUCAGAGGCGUUAUUGUUUGCUGUAGUGCAUUUAUGUUGCCUUAUUCUGUAGCUUUACUUCUGCGCCAGUUCUAGUUCAAGCGCAAUUGAAUUAAGAUUUAAGUGCUGUAAAUUUAGUCGCAAGUUUUUAAGGAUGGCGGUCAGAAUAAUAACUAGUGAAGAAACAAUACGUGUUAAUUACUGGUGGGAAUUGGAAGCUUGUGAAGAAAUAAAGUCUCCCGUUUUUGAAGUUACUGACAAUAAAACGCGGGAAAGUAAGUGGAAGUUUUCAUUGAGGUCGGAAGAAGAUAAACUGUUGAUUGACUUGGAUUUUUCUUCGGCUUCUGCAAGUGUCAUUCAGUACAGCUUUUAUAUUUGUGAGAAUGUUUGUGAGAAGAAGAAGAAAGGAGAGAAAUUUAACGUGCACAGAGGAUGGGGCUCGGGUGAUUUAAUAAGAAGACAAUGUUUGCUUGUCAGGAAUAAUUUUAGGGACAAACUAAGAAUAUUUUGCGAGAUUAUUUGUAAAUUUAACGUCGGAAAAGAUGAGCCUGACAUUCCCGAGUGUCAGCUGAUUGAUGAAUUGAAUAUUUUAUUCGAUUUAAAAAGUAGCGAAGAGAAAAGUCCGCUAAUGGAAUUGAACUGGGGAAAACUCUUCCUGGAAUACGUUGGAAAUAAUAAUGAAGAUAUGAAAAAUUCUGGAGAUUCUUUUUGUAAUGCAGAAGAAGUUUUUGAUUCGUCUGAUAAUCUUAAAGCAACUUUAAAAGAAUGCGAAGAUUCUAUUUGUACACGAAUUAAUAUUGACAACGUGCUUAAAAUAUUUACACUCGCAAAGGCUUCAGGGUUGCCAGCUUUGGAAGAAUAUACUACCGGUUUUAUCAAAAAUAAUAUUGAUCAUAUUCUUGCUGUAACGUCGCUUGAAGAUCUUGAAGAUGAUAAUCCAAAGUUGGCUGCUACUUUGCUAAAAGUCGCGUUGAAUAAAAUUAAUGAGUCUCAAAGAAUAUUGCAUUCGGUGAAAAGUUUUCUUCAUCUUCAGUAACUUAGUUUAUUAGUCAGCAAAAAUUUUGCUUAAAAAUUAAAGUUUAUUUUUUUAAUAAAUUGAAAUUUUAUAUUUUCAUGCAA